CGGUACAUAAACAGCUUGUAUGUAAUCAAAGACGUUUUAACUAAACAAACUCUUUUAACAAAGCUAUCGAUUGAGAUGAAGAAGGCAAAUAAAUGUAACUCCUUACAUAAGUUCUAUUUGCAUAUUUAUAAACAAUCUUCCCUGUAUUUUGUUUAUCGAAGUGCUCGUUUUGUUUAUGAAACGCGGCCGUGAGGCGCUGGCAGUGUGCCAUAUUACGCGGUCACACACCAAAACAUGUCGAUUUCUCGGGAAAAAAGCGCGGUUAAUUUCACAGUUUGCAUGAUUUGCAUAAAUGGAUCGGGCCGGCCGACACGAUAGUGCACUCGCGUGGAGACUGGAGUGAACGUGUGAUAUUUAUAAUUUCGUUCGGCGUCGCGUACAUAUACUAUUUUACAUUUACUUGUAAUAUGCGUAUUGAUCAUAUUUGCUUCGCGUGUGUGGAAGUGAUUAAGUGCAGUGCCAUUUAAUAGUGGAGUGAGCAUUUGCUACAGCCAGCGGUAUGGACGCAGUGUACCCCGCGGCGGCAUCCGCGCUGACCCGCGGCCGGCGCCGGCGCCGCAACGAGCCGCGCUUGCGGCACCACACUAUGCCUGUCACCUUUGCCGAAAUUAAGGAAGUGGACGAAGAAAAAGACACGGAAGAGAAAGUGACGAGCGCAGCAAGCGCUUCAAAUGUGUCGGCCAGUGUGGAGGAUCGCCGCCGCCGACUGGACAUGUUCGACGACUCGCUCGGCCGACAGUUCGACGACUCGCUCGGCCGACAGUUCGCCGAAUUUCGCAACCGUAGGAAUCGCAGACGCCGUGACGUCAUCCGCGAACCAGAGGAGGAGCAUACGGAACCAAGCUCUGAAUCACAUCCUAACCCCACUUAGAUUACGAUUUGCGGAUCACGUUCCUUGAUUUUGAAAAUGGUAGGACAUUGAGUUCCUACUAAUCUUUGGUUAUUAUUGCCAAGACGAUUUUGAGCAUGAAAGGAAGUUAUGUUCAAUUUUACGUAUACUAAGUUGCAUUUUACGCAAGAUUGUAUUCGUCCAGAUAAAUUAGUUAUUAUUUUCUUAGAAGAAAAUUAAUUUUACUUUAAUGUCUGUUGUACGUACUAAUUAUGAACACUGUUUUAUGUAGAAAUGUAAGCUAGAUUAUUUUUGUAAAUAAUAUUUUUUAAUUGU